UGUGCGAUCGUGAGGUCCGACUAUGAUGGUUGGCAAGUGGCACAGAGUUAUGGCGAAGGUGUUUCCACUCGUCUUGUUCCUUGUGGCAUUCCUGAGCGGCGUCGACACCCUCACAGCCCAAGAGGCUACUUCCUGGCCUACAGAACUGGGCAUGACGGAAGAGGAGCUCCUGGAGAAAAUCAAGAAGGAACUAAAUAACAUUGAGAACUUCUUGGAGCGACUAAUGGGUGUGGUUAACCCCCAAACCACGUACCCGCCUGCUAGUCUACCCCCCUACACCCCCACUGACACGCCCACUGACACCCCCACUGACAUGCUCACUGAUAAUACAACUUAUACACCCACUAAUAUUUUUCACAACACACCCAAUGACAUAUCCAUCCUUAUAUCCACUGACAUACCCACUGACAUACCCACUAAAAUAUCCACUAACAUACCCACUGACAUACCCACUAAAAUAUCCACUAACAUACCCACUGACAUACCCACUAAAAUAUCCACUGACAUACCCACUGACAUACCCACUAAAAUAUCCACUAACAUACCCACUAAAAUAUCCACUAACAUACCCACUGACAUACCCACUAAAAUAUCCACUAACAUACCCACUGACAUACCCACUGACAUACCCACUAAAAUACCCACUAACAUACCCACUAAAAUAUCCACUGACAUACCCACUGACAUACCCACUAAAAUAUCCACUGACAUACCCACUAAAAUACCCACUAAAAUACCCACUGACAUACCCACUGACAUACCCACUAAAAUACCCACUGACAUACCCACUAAAAUACCCAUUGACAUACCCACUAAAAUACCCACUGACAUACCCACAAAAAUAUCCACUGACAUAUCCACUGAUAUACCCACUGAUAUAUCCACUGACAUACCCACUGACAUACCCACUGAUAUAUCCAUUGACAUACCCACUGAUAUAUCCACUGACAUACCCACUAAAAUAUCCACUGAUAUAUCCACUGACAUACCCACUGACAUACCCACUGACAUACCCACUGACAUACUCACUGACAUACCCACUGAAAUAUCCCCUGACAUACCCACUGUCAUAUCCACUGACAUACCCACUGUCAUAUCCACUGACAUACCCACUGAUAUAUCCACUGACAUACCCACUGAAAUAUCCCCUGACAUACCCACUGUCAUAUCCACUGACAUACCCACUGAUAUAUCCACUGACAUACCCACUGAUAUAUCCACUGACAUACACACUGACAUACCCACUAACAUACCCACUAAAAUAUCCACUGAUAUAUCCACUGAUAUAUCCACUGACAUACCCACUGAAAUGUCCCCUGACAUAUCCACUGACAUACCCACUGAUAUAUCCACUGACAUACCCACUGUCAUAUCCACUGACAUACCCACUGAUAUAUCCACUGACAUACCCACUGAAACAUCCCCUGACAUACCCACUGUCAUAUCCACUGACAUACCCACUGAUAUAUCCACUGACAUACCCACUGAUAUAUCCACUGACAUACCUACUGAUAUAUCCACUGACAUACCCACUGAUAUAUCCACUGACAUACCUACUGAUAUAUCCACUGACAUACCCACUGAUAUAUCCACUGACAUACCCACUGAAAUGUCCCCUGACAUAUCCACUGACAUACCCACUGAUAUAUCCACUGACAUACCCACUGAUAUAUCCACUGACAUACCCACUGACAUACCCACUGAAAUAUCCCCUGACAUAUCCACUGACAUACCCACUGGAAUGUCCCCUGACAUAUCCACUGACAUACCCACUGAUAUAUCCACUGACAUACCCACUGAUAUAUCCACUGACAUACCCACUGAUAUACCCACUGAAAUAUCCACUGACAUACCCACUGACAUACCCACUAAAAUAUCCACUAACAUACUCACUGAAAUAUCCCCUGACAUAUCCACUGACAUACCCACUGAUAUAUCCACUGACAUACCCACUGACAUACCCACUGAAAUAUCCCCUGACAUAUCCACUGACAUACCCACUGAUAUAUCCACUGACAUACCCACUCAUAUAUCCACUGACAUACCCACUGAUAUAUCCACUGAUACUUUCACCGACACACUCAUCGAUAAUGAGAAGAAUUUAUCUGAACUGCUUAAAAUGUUCAAAUCACAGAGCACAGAAAUGAAUUCGGAUGAAUAUUCUUACGACUCUGACGAUUUCAGCUUAUAUUUUCCUGAAGAUAUCGAAACAGAAUCGUCCACUUCACAAUUAACGAACAACGGAAGCACGAACUUGUCGAACUCACCCUCACCCUCUGAAGUCACACCUACGACAGACUUGACGCCGAUUGUCAGGAAGGUAAGGCGCGUUAAGAGGUCAAGAACGCCUCUUGGAGAAGGAGAUUAUACUAGAGAAAUGGCGCUGAAGACGCCAGAACGGCAUUGGCCUCAGAUGGAGGCAGAAGGAACAACGAAGCUUCGUGAGAGAGUUGUCAGAAGACCAGGUGAAGAAGCAGGGAAAGUUAUCCCGGAAAAGUCUUUCACGGGCGACUCGUCGCUACUAAAAUCUGAUGUAAACAAAACAUGGAAGUCCCCGAAGGAAGACCCGCAAUCUUUUCCCGGCGACGCAGCACCACAAGAAUCUACUGGAUACAAGACAUCGAAGUUACCCAAGAAAGAAAUGGAAAUAGAAUCUGAAAAUCUGCUGCUGGAGACUAAUCAAAAGUGGGUUCGUCCAUUCAGGUCUGGGGCGUCGAACCGGACAAAGAGAAUAGCGCCUUUCACAGACCUUCCGUCAGGCCUGACGGAAGGCCUGACGGAAGGCCUGACGGAAGAUAUGUGUGCCAUGAAUGAUCCCCAAGAUGAGAAGGAUCUCUGCAAACGCCUUACAGGCGUCAUGAAAAGCAUUGAGACAACGACGCACGAGAUCGCCAAGGGCCAGGUGUCAAAGAACCAGCUGAAGGACCUGGAGCAACACUCGGAGGAACUGGAGGGGGUGGUCAAGGAGGUGGAGGACGACCCAAGCUUAGUCAAAGGAUUCAACAAGAACGCCCUCGCCUCCGGCGUGCAAGAUCUGGAGAAGACUGUAGAUAGAGCAGAGCGGGUGGUGAAGCGAUCGCUGGCAGGGGUGAAGAAAAUGGACGUGACGCUGGCAGCGGUGAUCGGAGGGGUGGGCGCCACGAUGGUGCUCGCGCUCACCUUGGUGGCUGCUUAUGUCUUCCACAAGAAAAGACACAGAAUGAGGCAGGAGAAGUUCACUCGGGAGCCGUGUGGAGAGAACAUCCCCGUCAGGAGCUUUCUGGAGGCGGGCCACGACAACCCAGCCUUCACCGCCACCACACCCGCCAUCGGAGCUAUCCCCAGAGUGCGCAGUACCGUCGACGCGUACGACAACAGACGCAGGUCAUAUUGUGACACCGGCAGCCUCCCCCGGCACCACAGACUCUGUGUCAACCCCAAGGGUAGUCGAGACUCCGGCUGUUGGAUGGACACAAUGGACACAAGGCCCUUCAGCGCUCCGGGGGCUGUUAGCGACAACCAUCUGUCUUCAGCAGCUCCCAAGAAAGACCACAAUCGUCAGAGGUGGUCGUCACCAGCCACAGAUAUCGACGACCGUUACUCUCUAGAACGACAUGGUCACCAUAUCAACAGAGUCCGAACCGGUUCCUUGCUUCGAUUAGAACCAUAAUUAACGUACUAUAUAAGUCAUUAAUCAUAAUCCUUCGAAAUUAACCAGAUUGGCUAAAUCGAAAUGCUUCGAUUUAACCAUUCGUGGAGUGGGGGGGGGGUUGUCACGUAGAGAUCUACCUUGAAACAAGGCAGUUGUUUCCAGCUUGGGAUAUUAUACACAGCUGGGAAAUAAUUCAUUACCAAGAGUUAAAAUAUACAAAUAUUUCCCAGAGGGAAAAACUCCAAGAGGAAAUAACUAAUUUACUAAAUAAUUCCCAGAGGAAAAAAACCUCUUCAGUAAAUGACUUUUGACGAACUAAUUCUUUGAGAACAUAAUUCUUAGGGGAAAUAACUCUUGAAGGAAUAACUCUUGGGGAAAUAACUCUUGAAGGAAUAACUCUUGAAGGAAUAACUCUUGGGGAAAUAACUCUUUGUGGAAAUAACUAUUGAAAAACUCUUAAGGAAAUAACAUUUGGGGAAAUAACUGAUGGGGAAUUAACUCUUGGGGAAAUAAUUCUUGGGAAAUAGUUCUUUGGGAAAUAACUCUUUGGGAAGAAACCUUUUGGGAAAAAACUCUUAGGGGAAAUAUCUCUUGAAGGAAAUAACCCUUAAGGGAAAUAACUCCUUUAGCAAUAACUCUUGGGAAAAUAACUCUCUAGGGAAAUAAAACUUGGGGCAAAUUCCUCUUGGAGGGAAAUAAAUUUUUGGAAAAACAGAUGGGAGAAAUAACUUUUUUGGGCAAUAACUGAGGAAAUAACUAUUUAAGGAAAUAGCUGUAGGGAAAAAUAACUUGGGGAAAUAACUCUUGGGAAAAAACUUGGGGAAAUAACUCUUGGGAAAAAACUUGGGGAAAUAACAAGGUAAUCCCGUGAGAUGGCCAAGUAGAGUUAUAUGUUAACAAAUAUGUUUCUGACUUUCCUUUCUUUAUUACGUAAGGAAAGUUACUGGAA